AUGGCGGGAAUGGCUAUGCUGGUGAUGAGGGUGGUGGUGGCUGUGGUGGUGUUGGUUCUCUUACUGGCGUUAGGUUCGCGGGCAGUGGAUGUUCAUCAGCUAAGGCUGGUGGCGGCCAAGUAUAAUGUAACCUCCAUCAUAGUUUUUGGCGAUUCCAGUGUUGAUCCUGGCAACAACAACCUUCUCGAUACCAAUGCGAAAGGAAAUUUCCCACCUUACGGGGAAGACUUCUUUAAUCACCGCUCUACCGGAAGGUUGAGCAAUGGAAGACUUGCCACGGACUUCAUCGACUCCCAUAUUGCAUGCAGAAUGGCUAUGCUGGUGAUAAGGGUGGUGGUGGCUGUGGUGGUGUUGGUUCUCUUACUGGCGUUAGGUUCGCGGGCAGUGGAUGUUCAUCAGCUAAGGCUGGUGGCGGCCAAGUAUAAUGUAACCUCCAUCAUAGUUUUUGGCGAUUCCAGUGUUGAUCCUGGCAACAACAACCUUCUCGAUACCAAUGCGAAAGGAAAUUUCCCACCUUACGGGGAAGACUUCUUUAAUCACCGCUCUACCGGAAGGUUGAGCAAUGGAAGACUUGCCACGGACUUCAUCGGUAACCAAAAACCAGUCUUGCCAUGUUUUACUUUUUUUGGUUUUUAGACCACAUUAUUAUCCCCUUAGGCACGUAAAUCGAGGGUGUUAAGAGAGAUGAACUAGAUAUAAACCUAAUCAUUAACAUUAUUUGUACAAAGUGUUUACUCUCGAAUUUGUUUUAAUGUAGAGGAAAGAGAUUGACUUAAG